UCUCUUCUCGUCUCCCGCCCGUCCGCCGUCGCGACAUGGGCGCCGGGCGCCGGCGGCCGCUGUCCGCGCUGCUGCUGCCGCUGUCCGCGCUGCUGCCGCUGGCCUGCGCCGCCCUGGCCCCGCGGACCCUCACAGGGAAGCAGCUGGGCUGCCUGCUGCCCGCCGACGAGGGACCCUGCCGGGCCCUGGUGCCGCGCUGGUACUACGACAGGUACACGCAGAGCUGCCAGGAGUUUACCUACGGGGGCUGCCACGGCAACGCCAACAACUUCCUCACCUUCGACGACUGCGAGAAGAGAUGCUGGACCAUCAAGAAAGUGCCCAAAAUCUGCCGGCUGGAGGCUGAUGGAGGACCUUGCAGGAGUCACCUAAGAAGAUUUGCCUUUAACUUGAGCUCCAUGAGAUGUGAGGAGUUUGUCUACGGCGGCUGCUACGGGAAUGCCAACAACUUCAGAGAUCUGCAGUCUUGUGUGGACCACUGCCUGCCAGAGAAAACUGGUCCCUUGCUAUGCUACAGCCCAAAGGAUGAAGGUCUGUGCUCUUCCUCUGUGCCUCGCUAUUACUACGACAGCAAGGCCAAGGCGUGCAAGGAGUUCAAGUACAGCGGCUGCGGAGGAAACGCCAACAACUUUGUCUCUGAGGCUGACUGCUACAACGUCUGCAGGAAAGCAGGGACUCAGAAGCCCAGACUCAGCAAGGCAGGCAGCGCCUUCCGCAGGAGGAUGGAGAUCAAACUGGUGAAGAGGCCUCACACCUCCCACCCCAAGUCCUAAGGCUGCCGUGCACUUGGCUGUUUGGAACACUACCACCUGACCCCACUGCCCUCUUUUGUAAGAUAGUUUGUACACAGCAGUGCAGCUCUGCCUUUCAGAGCUGCUUUUUAUCUCCAACUGCAUUUAAUAGAAGAGGAAUGAGCCCAAGUUUGGUUCUUCUGCUCUGUUGCCCUUGCAGUAGCACUUUGGCAAAGCCAAGGGUUGAGAUUUCCAUGUUUUUAUGGGGGAGUGUUAGUACUGCUCUGAGAGAGUAUUUCAGCUGUUCCUUAGUGUGGCUAAGGAGGUUACAAAGCUCCAUCUCCACCAUGGAUGGGUUUUGUUGGCAUCCUCUGCUUGCUAGGGAAAAGGAUGCCCUGGAAGGAGUGUUGGGAGCUUCAUUGCCCUGCUGGUUUACACACUUUGCACUGCCGUUUAAGCAGGUUCUCCUUCACAGUUGUGCUCACAGCCAAGGCUUUCAGGAGCUUUCAUAGCAACAAAAGAAGCAUAAACUUCACUCUGGCCCUUCCCAGAAGGAGGAGAGGGGCCAGGCAUACUGCUAAACACACUGACAAAGGCGAUGAAUAAGCUAGGGGAGGGUUCGAGUGGACAAAGCAGCUGUUACUUGUUCAUGCUGUUUGAAAUGCCUGCUGAGUUAUGCUCCAGGUCCUCCCGUGGCAUAAACCAACAUCUCUGCCUUGAUUUUAAUGGAGCUGUGCUGGUUACACCUGCUGAGGAUCUCAUGGACAGCUGUGUUUGUGGUGGCUGUUACAGCAGAAGCUUCUGCAGGUCUCCUGUAACCCCUCUUUGGAGGCUCUGUUGCAUUUCUUGUGACAGGUUAUGCCUCUGAUGAUACUAAACCUCCUUUCAUGUUUUGUAUUUGA